AGUUAUAAUUGGUAAAAGCCAGAGAAUUGUUUAGAGGUGCUCCGAUAGCUGAGGCCGCUUAUAUCACGAUAUAAACAGAAAUAAUGAGAGACACGUGUAUGUGGGGACCGAUUCUGUGUCAUGUUUUACUUGGUUUAACUGUACUAUAUGGCAAAGUCAACUCAGUUGUUGAGAAGACUGCGUUAGACUUGCAAAAAGACCUGGAGCAGAAUAAAUAUGUCCUUGUCCUGUUUGUUAAUGGAAAUAAAGAAGACACUCAGAGAGCAGUGGCUGAAUUUGAACAGAUACAGACACCAGACCUCUACGAUCAAGAGGUAUUAAAGGUAACAUGUAAUGACCAGACUUUGGCUACCAGCCUCGGCAUAAAGGCCUCACCACAACUGGUGUUCUACCGGAGCAAGAUUCCAGCUCUGUAUGAUGGUGACCUGACAGCCCCUGCCAUACAGAUCUGGGUAGAACAGGCAAGGGAAAUAAAUCUGCAAAGUCUGGAUGAUUCUUCUUUUGAACAUUUAACCCAGGCCUCUACAGGGGCUACAACUGGUGACUGGCUGGUCAUAUUUUACAAAGAUUCCUGCAGAGAUUACUUACCCGCAAUAGAGGGCACAGGGGUCCUAGUCAGACAGAAGAUGAAUGUAGCCCAAGUAAAUGUAGAUGACAGUCCUGAAACUGCCAAAAGAUUUAAUAUAAAGAAUUGUCCUGAAACUUAUUUAUUUCAUCAUGGGAAAAUGUAUUCCUACAUCUCUGAUAAACCAGAUGUAUACAGAGUUAAGUCCCUUGUCUCCUUUGUGACAUCCUGGUACAAAAAUGUAGAGGGCCGUAAAGUACCUGUAAUACCUACAGCCUUUGAUAAACUGACAGAGUCUAUUGCUGAUUAUUUAAAGGAAAAAUUACAAAACCCAAAAGGAAGCAACUUCCUGUUGAUAGGUGGCGCUGUGAUGGCAGUGGUGGCUUUUGUUUUGGCAGUAGUUGUGGCGACAUGUUCAAGGAAUGCCAAAAAGCAUGGCAAAGAGGAAUAACCUUUAUCAUGUACUUAAUUUUGUUUCAGAUGUUAAAUUUUCUGUUCUAUUUUUUUAUAUUUCUGAAUGAUUGAAUGUAAGAUGAAGUGAAAGAUAACUGUGCUAUAUCUAUGUGCAAUAAACAUAAAAUUUUG